AUGGAUAUAUCUUCAGAUAAUAAAUUAUUAGCCACCGGUUCGGCUGAUAAAAAUAUUAAAAUAUGGGGUCUCGAUUUUGGAGAUUGUCACAAGUCAAUAUUCGCUCAUCAAGAUAGUAUUACGUGUGUUCAAUUUGUUCAGGGUACACAUUAUAUUUUCUCAGCAGGAAAAGAUAAAUUGAUGAAAUAUUGGGACGGUGACAAG